CGGGCAGGCGCUUCCUGCUGUUGGAGCCCGGGCUCCGAGGCCAUGGGCACCCAGGAGGUAUUGGGCCAGGCGGCCCGACUGGCCUCCUCCGGUCUCCUCCUGCAGGUAUUGUUCCGGUUGGUCACCUUUGUCUUGAAUGCAUUUAUUCUUCACUAUCUGUCGAAGGAAACUGUUGGCGUAGUGAAUGUGAGGCUAAUGCUGCUUUACUCCACCAUCAUCUUCCUGGCCAGAGAGGCCUUCCGCAGAGCAUGUCUGAGUGGGGGCGCCCAGCGAGACUGGAACCAGACCUUCAACCUCUUGUGGCUCACAGUCCCUCUGGGUGUGUUCUGGUCCUUGAUCCUGGGCUAUAUCUGGUUGCAGUUGCUUGAAGUGCCCAAUCCCAGUGUUGUCCCCUACUAUGGAACAGGAGUGCUGCUGUUCGCUCUCUCAGCCGUGGUGGAACUGCUGGGAGAGCCCUUUUGGGUCUUGGCCCAAACACAUCUGUUCGUCAGAUUCAAGGUGAUUGCCGAGAGCCUGUCGGUAAUCUUCAGGAGUCUCCUGAUAGCAUUUCUUGUGCUGUGCUUGCCUCACUGGGGACUAUACAUUUUCUCUUUGGCCCAGCUGCUCUCUAGCACAGUGCUGGUGCUCUGCUAUGUCACUUACUUUGCAAAGUUACUGGGCUUCCCAGAAUCAACCAGGCAACAAACUCUUCCUGUCUCCAGAUUAACAGACCUGUUACCCAAUGUUACGAGAAGCAGAGCUUUCAUAAAUUGGAAAGAGGCUAAACUGACUUGGAGUUUUUUCAAACAGUCUUUCUUGAAACAGAUUUUGACAGAAGGCGAGCGCUAUGUGAUGACGUUUUUGAAUGUAUUAAAUUUUGGUGAUCAGGGCGUGUAUGACACAGUGAAUAAUCUUGGCUCUCUUGUGGCCAGAUUAAUCUUCCAGCCAAUAGAAGAGAGUUUUUAUAUAUUCUUUGCUAAGGUGCUGGAGAGGGGAAAGCAGGCCACCCUUCAGAAGCAGGAUGACGUCGCUCUGGCUGCUGCGGUUCUGGAGUCCCUGCUCAAGCUGGCCCUGCUGACCGGCCUGACCAUCACCGUCUUUGGCUUUGCCUAUUCUCAGCUGGCUCUGGAUAUCUACGGAGGGACCAUGCUUAGCUCAGGGUCAGGUCCCGUCCUGCUGCGUUCCUACUGUGUCUACGUCCUUCUGCUUGCUGUCAACGGGGUCACCGAGUGUUUCAUGUUUGCUGCCAUGAGCAAAGAGGCGGUCGACAGGUACAAUUUCACGCUGCUGGCGCUGUCGUCCUCCUUCCUGGUGCUGUCCUAUCUCCUUACCCGUUGGUGUGGCAGCGUGGGCUUCAUCCUGGCCAACUGCUUUAACAUGGGCAUUCGGAUCACACAGAGCCUUUGCUUCAUCCACCGCUACUACCAGGGCAGCCCCCACAGGCCCCUGGCCGGCCUGUCUCUGUCGCCCGUCCUCCUCGGGGUGUUCGUCCUCAGUGGUGGAGUUACUGGUGUUUCAGAGGCAUUCCUCUGCUGUGAGCAGGGCUGGCCAGCCCGGCUGGCGCACGUGGCCGUGGGGGCCUUCUGUCUGGGAGUGACCCUCGGGACAGCAUUCCUCACAGAGACCAAGCUCAUCCACUUCCUUAGGACUCAGCUCGGUGGGUCCAGACUUGUUAACAAAAGGACAUGACUGCAGGGGUGCCUUGACACCUAUGGCACCUGGGCCUGCUGUGGGACAGUCCUGUGGCGGGAGCCCGGUGGAGGGUCUGCAGUAGAGAGAGAGAGGUCAGGCGAGAGAUCGGGGAAGCCCUGGGAGACGCAUGCUGUGCAGAGGAGUCGGAAACACCAAGGAGGAGUUUCGUUUUUAAGGGAAGACUAAAAAGUCCUUUGAAAAUGGAUACCCUUUUUUUUUUUUUCAGCACUUCAUUCUAAUCAGCAUUUUUACUUUUUAUUAAUGUAUCCAUUAGUUUUGGGAUUGACCUUUUGAGCUAUGUACUCCAACAGACUAUGUCCAUCGUUUAAUAAUCGUCCGGCCCAGGAGGAGACAGCCAGCCAUUUUACUCUCCACAGGAAUAUUUAAUUUCUCCUAUUAAGAAAAGAAGUAAGACGUGAUGUUACACACCAAGCUGGAACGAAGCGGGUCCCCGGGAACUAUGGCUUUCCCUGUGUCAACACCGGUCUGUGUUGUUAGAGAAGGAAGUGAGAAAUCAAAAAAAGAAAAUGCGAAGGGU